AUGCCAAGAAAACCCAACAAAAAGCGUUUUGUAAAUCCAUUCAACAGACAAUAUGGAUGGAGAACCGGAAUUGAUACCACAGCUGGAAAGACCAUCAGGAAAGAUGCUGAUGGGUUUGAAGAAUUUAGGGAUUACUUAUCAGAAUCGGAGGCAGAGACAACCUCUGAACUUUCAAGACUUGAAAAUGCUUCCUUGCUUAAGGAAAACAAGCCAAGUCGCCUUCACAGACCAAAGCUUGCAGUAAAGGGACCCAGCCUUUCACAACCCUGCUCUCAUUCAACAGCCUACUCCUCCAUGCUCAGUCAGGCAUCCAGGGGAGGGGCACUGUCACAGAUAAAUGGGGAUACAUUGGGGAUUUCCUCGAUUAUUAAUAGCCAGGCUUCAGACACCAAUCCAGUAGGCUGGUUAAGAAAUAAGAACAUUGGCAGACGUACAGGGAAGGACUUGACAGAGGGGAAAAUUAUCCGAGUGGAUGAAGAGGGAUAUGAAAUAUUUGAGGAUUUUCUCUCUGAAUCAGAGGCAGAGAGUCUAAGUAGCUCUUUGAUGACAAACCGUUUGUCAAGGACAAGUACUAACUUCACAAGGGAACCCUCGAAACUGAUUGAAGACCAUUCAAUUUAUGACACUAACAUGUCCGCCAGUGCUGAAGCAUCAAAUUCAGAAGCUCAAGUAUCGAGGGAUCAGAUGACAGGAACUAUCAGCUCACUAAUUGAGAGUACUCGGGAGGAAGUAGACACGCCCACUAACACUCAAACUCGGUCCAUGGCAGCUAAUAAUGAAUCAUUUGAAUCUGAAGAGGAGGAUGAGGAGGUAUCAUUAAGGGCUGAUAACUCCUCCUACACAGCUGCUUCACAGGGAGAGACUGGUGAAUCAGCCACAAAGACCCAGCUACAGUCACAAGACAGAUCAGGGAGUAUUACAUCUACUCGGAGCCAUAUGUUACAAUCACAAGCCAGGUCAAGCAGUAUUACCUCUACUCGGAGCCAUACGUUACAAUCACAAGACAGGUCAGGGAGUAUUACCUCCACUCAGAGACAGACAUUACAAUCACAUUCAAAAAACAGGUCAGGGAGUAUUUCCUCUAUUCAGAGACAUGUGUUACAUUCACAUGAGAAUAUAUCCGAGGGAGAGCCAACCCCUAAAAGUAACAUGCAAUCCAUGGUGAGAUCUAUUGUGGAAAUACCCACUGAGAACAGAAUAGAGGCUCCAACAACAGUUCAGGAGAUAACCAAGGCCUCUCAUAUGGAUAUUGGAGGCAACAAGACAGGGUCUAUCACAAAGUCAGAGGAUUUAACAAACAGUGUGGUUCCAAGCUUUAGAACCCGUAAAAGGAUUUCAUUUUCUGCAGCUGAGAGUGAUGGUAGCCGGAAAUCAUCAAUAGCUUUAGGAGAAAAACAAAAUGACACAAAAAUCAAAAUCCCAAGUGAUGUAACUGAAGUUGUCCUUGACAGUGAUGCAGAUAGUAUUGAGAUCGUUACUUUGGAUGAUGGAAAGGCUCAGCAGAAACCCAAUGCCAGGAAAAGUGUCCAGAGAAAAAGUACCUCAACAGUGCAGAAAUCAAUUCCAUCUGAAUUAGAUGAUGAACAAACUGAGGUGAAAAGUCAAGGGCAGAGAAAGCCAGGGCUACUAGAAACAAAGAUUUCAGCUCUAACUGGCAGAAGAAAUAAGCGUGGAAAAUCCCUCCCCUCUUCCAUACCAGCUGAGACCCCCCAGGUUGACUCUCACAAGACACAGCUGUCCGGGAAAAGAAGAGGCAAAAGCCUAUCAGAAAACAGCUCUCUAGAACAGAAGAAAUCAACAAGUGCUAUCUCACAAUUGUCAAAAGAUAACCAAGAAGAGGACCACCUUCAAAACCCAAAUGACGACGAUGAUGAAACUGCAUCCAAUGCUAGUCAGGAAUUUUUGUUCUUCAGGAACAAGAAAACAAGGGAGAACCAGACUGUUACCAAUAAAACACAAGAUAUAAAAUCUCAGAGCCAGACAUCUCACAGGAAGAAGACAAGUGCUUUAUUGAAUGCAAUGAAUGUGGACGGCGCUGCAUCAGAUAUCAGCGAAGACAGGUCAAUAGAUCCAAAUACUGAGAUUGAACAGUGGAAGAGAGGAAAGCCUAAAGUUGGAGGAAAGAGAAAGAAAAAAUCAGAACCCAGUGAAAGGAAGGAGAGAAAUGUAGAGGAGACAGAAGAAUCAACAGUUCAUUCACCAGCAAAGAAGAGGAAAGGGCAAAAAGCAGCUAAGGAGAAAAGUUCUGUUUCUAGAAAGACUUCUAGAGGGAGGAAACCAUCUGAUGAUAGCCGCAAAUCACUGGAGCCAAGAAUCAGGAGAAGUAAUAGAAAUUCUGAUGCCCAGCUAUCUGAUACAAAUGACAAAGAAGCUUACAAUGAUAUAGAGGAAUCCGAGUUGGUGGUAGAAAAGGAAGUCAGGCUUAGUCCACAAGCUACUAGUAAAAGAAAGUCAAGUGUUACAAUAGAUAGUGUGGAAAUAAAAUCAACAACCAAGUCUAGGGGAUCACUUAGUGACACUGCAGAAAAUUCCUUUAAAGGAUCUAGAAACACAGACAUUAGUGAAGAAGAAGAGGGUAUAAUUCUACAGGUGAAUUAUUACCAUGAGGAAGAUAUUGAUACACAUGUAAAUGAAAAAUCUUCUAAGAUGAAUAAAAGUAGAAGACAUUCAGUAUCAAUGUCUGAUUCACCAGGGCAGAUGGCAAAAAGUAAAGAACAAAGUAUGACAACUAAAAAGUCAAGAAAAUCAUCCAGUGACAAGUCUCAUGUUUCAGAAGUGAAAGAAGAUGAACAAAAUGAAGUAAUAGAUCCAGAAGAAAAUAUGGCUGCUCAUACAAGUCAAUUUAUUAAGAGUUUUUUAACGGAAGACCAUGAAAAGCAGGGACUGGAUACAAAUAAUAUGAGUUCCAGGUCCAAAAGUUCUGGAUACAAAACCAGAAAAGCUAAGACAAGGAAUGAUUCAAUACAAAGAAAAAUAAACAGUGUAAAGAAAUUAAACAAGUUCCAGACCAGAACCUCUGAGGGAAUGUCUUCAAGGAAGGACAAAUCUAGUUUAAUUGGAGCAAGAGAUCCAGAAGACAGAAAAUCAAUGAGAAAAUCUAGAAGCCUUCACUCAGCUUUCAUUGGAAGUUUGGAGAAUCUUCAAGGAAUCCAGAGAGAAGUGGAAAUGUUAGAAGUGGAGGAUGCUGAUCCCAAUGACUUAUAUGUGGAAAAAGAAAGAUCAUCCACCAAAAAAGGGAAGGGAAAGGGGCAGAGAAAAAGUAUGCAACAGGGAGGGACAGAUCAGAAGAGAACAAAGAGGAGUCAAAAAAGAAAGAGUGGAAAGAGAGGUAAAGCUGAUUCUGUUACUGAGGAGGAGGAUGUUGAAGGUAUUCAGGGUAGGAAUAAUGUGGAUGAUGGUCCAGGGCCCAGUGAGGCUGUGGCAAAUGAAAGUGAAAGUUUUUCAGACAUGAACAACAGAAAACAAAGGAAAACAAAAAGCUUAGGGAGUGUAGGAUUAGAACCCACCAGGAAAAAGAAAGGCAGUCAAAGGAAAACAACUAAGAGUAAAAGUCUUGGGGGUCAGGCAGUUGAUGUCAUUGACGAGGAGGUGGAGGAAAACAAAGUAAUGAACGAAAAUGUAGAUGAGCUGAAAGAUGAGAAUUUAGAUGACAUAGUUGCCAAUGAUGCUGUAGAACACUCACCAAAAGAUGAAGGUAACCAGGAUAAUGUCAGCAAAAAACAGAGCCUUGGUUCUACACCCGUUUCUGUGUACCAGGUUGAUGAGGAGCUUCUGAAGAGUGGAGUGUCAUUCCGACACAGGAAUCAAACAUCAGUUAAAGAGGAAUCCAUUAACCAGAUGUCAUCUAACAAAACCCCUGUAACAUUGAGGAAGCACAUGGAUUUUAUGAACUCUCCAGCUCCAGGGCUGACCCCAAUUCUGAAACAACCAGGAUCAGUAAUCCGUGGAAAGAAGAGAAGAGUAACCAUUAAUCACUUGGUAGAAGAACAAACCUUCAACAGCCCAGACACAUCAGGAGAGAAGCAGAGCCUAUCUAUGAAUUCCGUAUAUUCUAUGAAUGCAACACCAAUCCAUAUAUUUCAGACAACAACAAGUGAAUCUCCUGUACCCCAAGUGUUGAUGCCACCCAAGCCUAAAAUCUUCCUUCCUGAAGAUGCCCCUGAUGGAGUUCGAAGGUCACGACGAGUUCGAUGUCAGCCAGUUGCCUGGUAUAAAGGAGAGAGACUUGUGUAUGAACGUAGAAAAUCAGGUCUAGGUAUUGUAAAAGUAGAACCAUCUCAUGUUGAAAUGCUGAUGCUGGCACAGGAAGCAAAACGAAGGAAAAACGUCAUCAAGAAAAGGAACCAAAAUCGCACUGAAAAUAAAAGGACCAAGUUUACCCAAUCUCCCCGUAGAAAUUUGUCAGUACAUACAGAUCUGGAUCCUGAGCUACAAGACUCGAGUGAUUCAGAAGUUCUGGUGUUAAAUCCAGCCAAUAACGAGGAAGUAUUAAUGGAAUGCUUCAGUUCUAAGGAUUCUGAGGUGUUUGUGGGCCCAUCGAAACAUGACCCAAUCUCGACUGACCCCUAUGUCAUGUCACUGCGAUUGAACCAGAGGCAGUUCAUGAUGGGAAAUCUUUAUCUAAGGCCACUGAAAUCAAAACCAGAACAGAUUGUCAACAGUGGAACCAUGGUAUUCUGCUUGCUAAAAGGAAAAAUAUGUGUGACCAUUCAUAGAACUAAAAUGGUAGCAGAAGCUGGUGACAUGUUUUUUGUUCCACAAGGAAAUACAUACAGUAUAGAGAACUUGCGGAAAGAGGAAGCACGCCUGACAUUUUCCUGCUACAAGUUCAGCAAUGAAGAUCUCUCAACGAUGGAGUGACACAAUUAUCAUAAUAAUGUCAUUGUUAGAGACAGUCUAUAUGUGAGACCUGAUUCUGUCAACCUUAGUCUAUCCCGGCUGUCAAUGGCCCAUUGUGGGAGCUGCCAUGUUUAGUGCUUGUAAGCUAUCUUUCAGCAGGCUGUUUAAGGAGUGUCAAAUAUUCCUGACACCAGUAUAAACUUGUCUCUACCACCAUUUGGAUGUACCAAAUGAAUGUAUUGUCAGUUUUGCUUCAGCUUUAACAAAAUGUUAUAAUACACUAACAUAAGGUACAUGUACCGAUACAUAUGUACAUGUAUAUACUAGUAUGCACCUGCAGCUUUCAAAAAUUUGGAGGAGAGACUUUUAAUGAAUGCAAGAUAAACUUGAUUUUUAUCUUAUUCAUUUCAUAUUUUUACUUUCAUAAUGCAAAAAACUGCAAAGCAUUUCAAGUAUGAUUUUCUUAAUGUCACAUACAAGUAGAUAAAUGUACAUGCUGGAACAGGUUUUUCACUAAUCUAUAAUUGAGAAUAUUAUACCACCUUCAGCCACAUUCUGGCCCUAAAUAAAAUCAAGUGAGCCAUUUAACAGUUAUUGAUUUUUUUUCUCAAUUUUACUUACUGUAGUUCACAAAAUAAGAAGAAACUGGUUAUAUACAAUGUCUGUACCUCAUUCAGUGUUCAUCAUUAACAUGGCAAUUAAGAGUAAUAUUGUGUAAUAUAUUCAUAAAUAAAUCACAUUUCUCAGCUUAUACUGAGACUACUUUUAGAACAUAUAUACCUAUG